AUCGAUCAGUCGUACUGUGUGUUUCACGCGACGACGACGUACUUGUGUCUAGAGCACACUCAUUAGGAGAGCACGUAUAAAAUCGUACACAUAUACCUUAUGUUUGCAUAUAUAUUCUUAUAAAUAUAUAUGUAUAAAGUUCGUUGCGGCGAAUAAACGCGAUGUCUCGUCGAUUUUAGGUUUAUAAUAACAAAAAUUAUCGUCAACCAUAAAAAUUUCGUUAGAUCCGUUAAUAGUUUGAAGGACAAGGUGACAUUUUCGAUAUAAAAUAAAGUGUUAAAGCGAUAAGAACGACAGUAUAAUGUCGGGCUUCGACGAGAAUCCCUUUGGCGAGCCAACUGUCAACGAUCCGUUCGCGGAUCCUGCAGUGAGAAAAGCUGCUGCUGCGACUCCGGCAAACAGAGGCAUCGAAGACUACAAUCCGUUUGCUGAGCCUAGCUCUCAAGGAGCAACUCAAGUUCGAGGAGCAGCCAAUCCACCGAUUUACGGCGGUAUCGGCGCAACUCCUCAACCCGCAACUUUACAACCAACCAGCCAAGAAGUUCCUCCUCCCGCUUAUACUCGCAGCCCACAGCAAAACAUUCCUACAUCAAAUUUGGGCAGCACUUUGUCUCCAUCUGCAGAACAACGCGCAGAGGAAGAAUGGAAAACGAGAAGAGAGGAAGAGCUACGAAAUGGGUAUUAUCCGGGACGAAACAAUUGGCCACCAUUGCCAGAUAAAUGUUGCUUUCAACCGUGCUUUUAUCAGGACAUUGAUGUCGACAUUCACACAGACUUUCAGAAAAUUGUCAGACAACUUUACUAUCUAUGGAUGUUUCACAGUCUCGUGCUGAUAUUGAAUGUCGUUGGUGGAUUUGCCAUCAUGCUUAUUGGCGAAGGGGCUGAUGUUUUUGGUCUCGGUCUUCUGUACGUCAUUCUUUUUACGCCGUUCUCGUUCGUUUGUUGGUUCCGCCCUGCUUACAAAGCUUUCAAGAGCGAUAGUUCGAUCAACUUCAUGGUAUUCUUCUUCGUUUUCUUCUUCCAACUUGUCGUCACUAGCAUACAAGCGAUUGGAUUCUAUGGCGCGGGCACUUGCGGUAUUAUCACAGCCAUCAGAAUGUUCAACAAGGGUGGCGCAGGUACAGUCGUUGGCGUGUUCAUUCUGAUAAUCGCUCUUUGUUACUGCGCUGCAGCUGGCGGUGACCUUCUGCUUUUGACGAAAAUUCAUCGCAUGUACCGAACUUCGACCGCAAGUGUAUCGAAGGCCCAACAGGAAUUCGCGACGACAUUUUUACGAAACGAGCACGUACAAAAUGCGGCGGGUAACGUAGCAGCGAGUGCAGUACGGAGUCAAAUGGCGAAUGCGAAUCAGCCGCGUUAUUGAAGUCACAAAAUUUUAGACACACCGUACACUGAACGAUGAGAAAAAUAAAUAUUAUUUAAAAGCAACGGAGUCGAAAAGAAAAAACAGAUGAGAAUGAAAACGAUGAAGAAAUGUACACACGUGCAUUGGACUGAAAUUGCGAAUGUAACGAGGCAAUUCAGACGCCAGAAUUAAUCAAUUACGAAUACAAGGAAGCGCUAAUUAUUUGAGGAUGACAAGUCUGAGUUUAUGAGAACAAAAUGAACAUUUUUGAAACUGAAAUAUAUAUUUACGUAUAUAUUUUAUGUGUCAAAUUCAUCUGGGCUCAUUACGCGACUUUUUUUUUGUUAUGUAUAAAAUUAUUAAUUAUGAAAUUUGUUGAUGAUCGUGCAAACCGAAUUAUUGUCUUGUUUACAAAAAUAAUCGAUGAGCCAUCAGUCUGAUAUCGUAACGACUAAAGCUUGAUCGAAUUUUCAAAUAUUUCCUUACGGUUAUUCUCUUUUUGUCGCAAUUACAGUAUUCUAAAAAUGUUUUUAAAAUUUGUUGGUAGAACGAUUUUUUAUGUUAGGAUGUCUCAAUUCUUUAAAAACUUAAUGGUAAUUUCAAUGGGAUAAAAAACCAUUUACAGUGUAAACAUUCUUGAAUGAAACGAAACAAUUUACUUACACCGUGCGAAACAUGGCGUAAGUUCCGGUUUUUCAAAUUUGAGGCCUCGUCAGCAUCAAGGACACUAAAACCAGUCUGCUUUAAGAGAGAGAGACGUGAAUUAACAAGUGGACAUGAGAACUCGUUAUGUCGAUGAGAAAGCAUUUCUCCAUUUUUUUGUUGAAAUUAAUUUAUUUCAUACAAAGAUUUUUUUACGAAUGAUCUAUCGUAUUUGCAAUUGCAAUUUUUAAUAUAAUUUUUUCUUUUUUGUUUUUUUUUCGUUUUUCAACUUUUGCUAAGUGGCUCAUGCAAUUACAAAUUGCUUUAGGUUAUUUUAGUAAAACAUUUCAAGAAUAAUGGAAUAAAAGAAAAAUGCUUUUUUUUCGAUGUGACAGCACCCGCGCCUCAUGUCUACGAAGUACUUUAAGUUAUUCGAUUUAUAUUUUUUUCUUUUUUUUUUUAUUUCUGUGAUUAAUACGCAAUUAGUCCGAGAUCUCGAAUCCCUCCUCCCGAACCCCUUAGAAUCACGGUUCGGACGAAAGCGCAAUUAACAAUAUAUUUUCUAUAAGAUAAAAGACAAAUUUUAAUGGAAAUGCGAUAGGUAACAAAAACGAAGCUGAAUAAAUGGAAUGCUGUUAUUUAAAA